AUGUGUGGAAACAUCCCAACGGAUGACUCGGUGAAAAAGUUGGGCGUUCCUUUGGCGUCCAAAUGCCUUUGUUGUGCUUUUCCAGAUGUUAAGCUUAAUGUAGGUGGAGCUUGCAGGGGGAAUCCCGGAGUAGGUGGAGGAGGGGGAAUAAUUAGAAAUGGAGAAGGGAAAAUCUUGGCUGCCUUUGCUAACUAUUAUGGAGCAUGUAACAACUCAAUUGCAGUAUUCAGGGCCUUAAGGGAUGGUCUAAAGCUCUGUGCGGAGAUGGGCUUUUCGGAUUCCUCAUUAGUAGUACAUAGUGUCUCCACAAAGAGAUGCAACAUCUGGAAGGGUUGGUACUGGUUUCAUGAGAUUAUGACUUUGGUUCAAGCCCUCCGGCCAAUGGUUACUUUCACAUUUAGAGAAGGAAACAGAGCAGCGGAUUGGUUAGCCAACUAUGCCUGUGAUUCGGUGUCCAGUACUACUUUCACUGAUUGGGCGGAUACUCCGACAGAUCUAAGGAAAAUUAUAUGGGAGGAUGCCGCAGGUUUACCUGUUAUUCGUACAUAG